AUGAACAACAUUGAGAACCUCUGCAACAUUAAACACCUGUACACCAACAAACAUAUAUACAACAUCAAACACAUGUACACCAUUAAACGCUUGUUCACCAACAAACAUAUGUACAACAUUGAGAACCUCUACAACAUUAAACACCUGUACACCAACAAACAUAUGAACAACAUUGAGAACCUCUACAGCAUUAAACACAGGUACACCAACAAACAUAUAUACAACAUCAAACACCUGUACACCAAUAAACACCUGUACACCAACAAACAUCUGUACAACAUUGAGAACCUCUACAACAUUAAACGCCUGUACACCAACAAACAUAUGUACAACAUUGAACACCUGUACACCAACAAACAUAUAUACAACAUCAAACACCUGUACACCAAUAAACACCUGUACACCAACAAACAUCUGUACAACAUGAGACACCUGUACAACAACAAACAUAUGUACACCAUUAAACACCUGUAUACCAACAAAUAUAUGUACAACAUUGAGCACCUCUACAACAUUAAACACAGGUACACCAACAAAUAUAUGUACAACAUAGAGAACCUCUACAACAUUAAACGCCUGUACACCAACAAAUAUAUGAACAACAUUGAGAACCUCUACAGCAUUAAACACAGGCACACCAACAAACAUAUAUACAACAUCAGACACAUGUACACCAUUAAACGCUUGUCCACCAACAAACAUAUGUACAACAUUGAACACCUGAACACCAACAAAUAUAUGUACAACAUAGAGAACCUCUACAACAUUAAACGCCUGUACACCAACAAAUAUAUGAACAACAUUGAGAACCUCUGCAACAUUAAACACCUGUACACCAACAAACGUAUGAACAACAUUGAGAACCUCUACAGCAUUAAACACAGGCACACCAACAAACAUAUAUACAACAUCAGACACAUGUACACCAUUAAACGCUUGUUCACCAACAAACAUAUGUACAACAUUGAACACCUGAACACCAACAAAUAUAUGUACAACAUAGAGAACCUCUACAACAUUAAACGCCUGUACACCAACAAAUAUAUGAACAACAUUGAGAACCUCUGCAACAUUAAACACCUGUACACCAACAAAUAUAUAUACAACAUCAAACACAUGUACACCAUUAAACGCCUGUACACCAACAAACAUAUGUACAACAUUGAGAACCUCUACAACAUUAAACACCUGUACACCAACAAACAUAUGAACAACAUUGAGAACCUUUACAACAUGAAACACAGGGAAGCUCUUUACAACUUGGAUGUACUGUGA